GAUUAAUUUAAGCUGGUGGAUGAUUUCUAAGGGCUUGUGAAAGGGAAGGAGGGUGGAAUCAGUUCAGUGUGGGAGAGAGAGAUGCCUCCUGAUUAAUUUGUUCCACUAUAUUCAUUCCAGCCUGCGCCCAACUAGUCGUGGCGUCCGAGCCUUUUCACAGGAGAGAAAGAGAAGGAUUGGCCACUCGGAUCGCUACUUCAAGAAAAAGAAGGAGAAAAAUGAAAGGAGGUCAUCAAGAUACUCUCCACGGCGGAGGGGGUUGGUACGCCGUGGCGCCGGAGAUGGAGCGUGGGAAGCGGAAGACGACGAUGGGGGCGGCUGAGGAGGGCGGUGAGGUCGACGAGCUGCUGGCAGCGCUGGGGUACAAGGUUCGGUCGUCGGACAUGGCCGACGUUGCACAUAAGCUGGAGCAGCUGGAGAUGGCCAUGGUGAGCAGCGCCGCCACAAACGACGACGCCCUCCUAUCCCACCUCGCCUCCGACACCGUCCACUACAAUCCCUCUGACCUCUCUACCUGGGUGGAUAACAUCCUCUCCGAACUCAACGCCCCUCCUCCCCCUCUCCCCACGCCACCACCCCUGACCUCCGCCGACGCCUACGACCUCAAACCACUCCCAGCUCUUCCCGCACCCGCCGACCCGCUCGUGUUGGGGUCCGAUCUCCAGUCCGAGGUCACGCCGUCCCCGAGAGACAGGAAGAGGAUGAAGGUCUGCAGUUCACCUCCGUCGUCGUCGACGACCACGGACACGGCAACUUCUGCCGCGGCGGCGAUGCCGGUGGUGGUGGUAGACUCGCAGGAGGCCGGGAUCCGCCUCGUCCACGCCCUGUUGGCGUGUGCGGAGGCGGUGCAGCAGGAUAACCUCAAGGCGGCGGACGCCCUCGUGAAGCAGAUCUCGGUGCUGGCCACGUCCCAGGGCGGCGCGAUGCGCAAGGUCGCCGGGUACUUCGCGGAGGCCCUCGCCCGCCGAAUCUACCGGCCGCAGCCCCGGGGGGGCGUGGGAUGCUGUUCCUUCGACUCCGUGGCCUUCGACGAUAUGCUCCACAUGCACUUCUACGAGAGCUGCCCCUUCCUCAAAUUCGCACACUUCACCGCCAACCAGGCUAUCCUCGAGGCCUUCGCCGGCUGUCGCCGCGUCCAUGUGGUCGACUUCGGGAUGAGGCAGGGGAUGCAGUGGCCUGCCCUCCUCCAGGCUCUGGCCCUCCGUCCUGGUGGCCCGCCCUCGUUCCGCCUCACCGGCAUCGGUCCGCCGCAGCCGGACAACUCGGACGCACUGCAGGACGUGGGAUGGAAACUUGCGCAGCUUGCAGAGUCCAUCCGCGUCGACUUCCGCUACCGCGGGUUCGUGGCCGCCAGCCUUGCGGAUCUGGAGCCCUACAUGCUGCUCGAUCAAGACGCCGACGGCGGUGGCGGAGGGAAGGACGAGGAGCCGGAGGUGGUGGCGGUGAACUCGGUAUUCGAGCUGCAUCGGCUGCUGGCGCGGCCAGGGGCUCUGGAUAAGGUGCUGGGGACGGUCCGGGCGGUGCGGCCACGGAUCGUCACGGUGGUGGAGCAGGAGGCGAACCACAACGGAGGGACGUUCCAGGAGCGGUUCACGGAAGCACUGCACUACUACUCGACCAUGUUCGACUCGCUGGAGGGCGGGGCAGCGGCGGCGGGUGCGGACGAUGGUGGGCCGGACCAGGCGUUGUCGGAGGUGUACCUGGGGCGGCAGAUCUGCAACGUGGUGGCGUGCGAAGGGGCGGAACGGACGGAGCGGCACGAGACGCUGGCACAGUGGCGGGGGCGGAUGGACCGCGCCGGCUUCGAGCCCGUCCCCAUUGGCUCCAACGCCUUCAAGCAGGCGAGCAUGCUGCUCGCCCUCUUCGCUGGCGGUGACGGGUAUAGGGUGGAGGAGAAGGACGGCUGCCUCACCCUCGGCUGGCACACCCGCCCCCUGAUCGCGACCUCCGCCUGGCGCGUCGCCGCACCCGCCGAAGAUCCUCUCUCUGCCUCGGCCGCGCGCUGAUCAUCACAAAAGCGACACCAUCUUUCUCAAUCUGAAGGCAGAACGCAGGUCAGCCGUCCGAUGGGUAUCUCCCGAUCCGAUCGUCUUCCCCUUUGGCGGUGCGGUAUAACAGGCGCAGUCGCUGGCGUAGGCCCGGCUCGGGGGCGCAGCGGGCCCCGUCUUCCACUCCCUCUCUUUUAUUAUCAUUAUCAUAGAAUGUAACUUGAGCUCCUCCUUGUUCCCUCAAUGGUUGAUCUACUGGGAUUACCUGAAUAUAAUCUCAUCCACUCUUCUUGUCUGGCAAACAA